AAUUCCAAUCCGGAUAAUCCCUCAUCCAUUUAUCCGCAUCUGAAUUAUCUGGAUAAUCCAUAUCGGAUAAACAAAUCAGAAUAUCCGGAUAAUUUGAAUCGGAUACUUCAGAUAACGGAUUACGGAUAUCUAAUGUAUAAAUAG